GGUGUGUGUACGUGUGUGUGUCUGUGGGUGGCUUGGUGGGUCAGGUAGGCUCAGUGGUGGAUCAGAGGUGGUGAUGAGCACGUUAACUCGUGGUGAAACGUAACUUGUGUGUCAUCCCUCUUCACCCUAUUAUCACUACUACUACAACUACUGCUGCUAUCACCACUACUACUACAGCUAACACUACCAAGACCUCUACCUCACCUUUACUAACUCGUCACCCUACUACUACUACUACUACUACUUCUACUACUACUGAAAGACCUCCACGUCACUCUUAGACACCUUAAAAUACCCUGAAAUAUCCUAACGUACUCUAAAACAUAUCUCAUUUACUCUAAAACACCCUAAAACAGCAUUUCGCGCCACAGACAAGCACACACAAGCACGCUCACUCUCACCCUACACCCUAAGUGGCGAUCCGAAUCUCACCAGGACAAGGAGGUUACGAGAUUACGAGUCUAGUAUGAGUUUCCAGUCCAAGUGGUGACGCUCAAAGGUCCUUCCCGCGUCGCCAUGAGUCACCAUGCUGCCAGAUGGUGACUCCAGGACCAGAAUGGUGACGUGACACCGCCGCCCUCACCACGCAGAAGUGUGUGCGUGUGUGCGUGCGUGUGGGUGUGUGUAUAUAUCAUAUAUAUAUGUGUGUGUGUUGGUGGUGUUGAUAUAAGCACCAAAAAUCCUCAAGAAAAUAAAAAAAUAUGGCUUGGACGUCGGAAGUUCCUACAGCGGCCUGCACUUGGGUCCUACGAACCUUGUGUCUCUUUUGGCUCCUUCUGGCUCUGCCUCCCCUUCAGGAUAAUGCUGGCGUCGCGGGGGUCGAGGUGGUGCAGGCUGUGGCGGUGAAGGACUGUCUCGCCCCCAAGGACUGUCCUAACACGGCCAAAGAGGCGAGGGAGGAGGAGAGAGAGGUACAAAGACUAAUACGCAGUGGUUAUGAGCAAUCAGGUGACCAUUUCCUUAGAAGAGGUGAAGGAGGUACUGAGAUAAAAGAAAACGGGAGUGCCACAUCUGUGACGUCCCCGACGAGGAACGUGAGCGAGGUGGUGCUAGAGGAGAAUGUGGAGCGAGUAGUGAUCAGCGUGGUGAAGCGAGACACGAUGCUGGUGAGUGGCGAGGGAGGCGUGAAGAGGCACAGGUCCCUCUCUGGCGCCUACCUACACGACGCCCACACCAGGAGAGUCCGCCACCGCAGGCACAAACAGGCACAAACUAACACCUCGGUGGAUCUGGAUAACUUCCUCUCCACGGGGGUGAAAUAUCCUUGGGAGCAGAGACAGGAGACCAUGGAGGAAGAGUUUAACCGUCUUAGCUCCGCCGGGAGGGUCGAGAAAGGUGGUAGAAGGGAGGGAGAAGGGCCCCCCGCAAGCAGGAGGCACGGGGGGAAGAGUCACAGCACCUCCAGAUCCAACAUUCCGAAGUUCUUAGUCAGGAGGAUCGCGAAGCCGAAAUUCGUGAGCAAAAACCCUCCUUCUGAAACCUUCGUCAGGAAAAUGAACUUCAAGGGCUAUAUCCAGGAGGACAGCGCUGAAGGAGAUGAUCAAGAGGGGGACGAGAUAAGUGAGGAAGGCGAGGAGGGAGUGAUGUUAGUGGAAGGGGAGGACUUAUGGGAAACGUCCUUGGCCUCCUACUUCCCUCCGCUACAAGGUGAUGGAGACACUAUGCCCAACGACCUGACUUCAGCACACAGGGAGGAGCUGACCAACCACCUGGAGGCUCCCGUGACGACCUCCAUGACUCCCCUCACGCAGGUCCAGUCCCCUCCCUCAACCCCACCACCUGUCACCACCACCACAACCCCCACUACAACUACCUCUACUACUACUGCUACUACUACUACUACUACUACUACUACUACUACUACUACCACGACUCCCACUACCACCACAAUUCCCACUACUACCACUACGACUACUACUACAACACCACGUCCAACUCCUCCACCUACUACUUCAACUACUACUACCACUACCACUCCUGCUACCACUACAACUACCACCACUACUACCACUCCCACCACCCCCAUCCCCACUACCUCCUACAUCACCAUAAAACCACGUUACAGCACGGCGGAAGCAGAGGAAGCAAGUGGGCCUCUUGAGAGAGAGGAAGACGAAGAGGAAACAGAGUAUGAAGAUACGACGGAAGGCACCGAGGAAGUGGAGGAAAAGGAGGAGGAGGAAGAUGAGAAUGGAAAGAAUGGAACUGUGCCAGCCUUCAUCCCUUCCAAGCUCCCUUUCGGCCCCUUCAUUCCAUCCUUCCAGCGGCCGCGCCAGCCGUCCCCCGGGGUGCUGCGCGGCCUCAUUGGGAAGUUCCACCCAUUCUUACUGUCCUCGGAGAAGACUCGCGGAUCCAAGGCCAACACCGGGGACCUGAUGACCAACAUGCUGUCCCCGCUGGUGGGAAACUACCCGCGGCGCACCAAGGCCAAGGGACAUAAAGUACUAGGGUUCGAUCACCAGAGGAGCCACGCGGAGGAGCUGUACAACCAGGUGUCCGGGAGCCUUAUGCCUGGCAAGAACUCGAGGCCCCUUCUGCCGGACACGUACCCAACUUUCCCGCUGCUGCGACACAGCAAGAAUCGCAAGUUCCGCAACAAGUUCCACGGAGGUUUCGCGUUGACUGACCAGGGACAUGAGGACAUCCUCACACGGACGGAGGCGCCGCAAGGCGAGAACACUCACCCAGACCGUAACUUAGUGAUCCUUGGAACCAUGGCGGACGACGCGGUGAUAGAGACAAUCCGAGGCUGCACGCGACACGUCAAACUGCAGCUGACUGACCACUACAGCGUCGACGAUCUCAUGAAGGAGGCGACCAACCCUCUGCGUCAGCUGGUCGUCUACGUCAAUUUGAAGAGCGUCAAUUAUGAAGGCUACAGCUUGGUCCUGGAGCGGCUGAGGCACCUCCUGGACUACCUGGCAGUGGUGCAGGGCGGCCUGGCUCUCUACAGCGUCAUCCCGUCGGAGCAGGAGGCCAUCAACACCACACGCAGCGCGGAGGUCAAGUCGCACCUCAUCACUCUUAGCGACUCUGUGCUGGACCACUGCGCGCGCCUCUACCCGACGUGCUACCAGGCCUACCACCUCAAUGACCUCACCUCGCGCCUCCAGAAGAGCUACGACAAGGACAGUGGCUUCGAUGUGUACCGCCUGGAGGGGAAUGAAGAGGCGGGGUGCUCCUCCAACGAGGUGUGCGGCACCUCAGGGCCUCCUGGUGACGAGGCCCCGCUUCAGUCAGACCCUCGGGAACAGCUGCAAGAGUUCGGACAGGCAGUGUGUCGCUCCUCCUACCACGUGAUGAUUGAAUUCGAGGCUAACCUUCCAACUUAUGACUUCGAGGAUGAGAACAGGUUUUGGGAGAACGCGCGGGAGGAGAGCAUUAGAGUCCGCGCGCAAACAGGCCUGGUGCUUCACGACAUCUUGCCACUCGAGCUCAAGAAAUACGACAAGAACAGACCUCCCAAGUACGAGGGGCAGGCCACCAUUGUGUACUUCCAUGUCACUGUGCUCUCCGUAGACUCCAUCAACGAGGAGUCAAUGACUUACGUGGCCGACAUCUUCCUGGCGCAGAGCUGGAGGGACCACCGUCUGCGCCUGCCGGAGAACAUGACGGAGGAGUACCGCAUCCUGGACGUGGAGUGGCUGCAGAACAUUUGGCGGCCAGAUUGUUUCUUCAAGAACGCCAAGAAAGUGACCUUCCACGAGAUGUCCGUGCCCAACCAUUACCUCUGGCUGUACCACGACAAGACGCUUCUCUACAUGGCUAAGCUCACUCUUGUGCUGUCCUGUGCCAUGAAGUUUGAAGCUUACCCACACGACACCCAGAUCUGCUCCAUGAUGAUUGAAAGCUUGUCCCACACGACUCACGACCUGGUGUUUAAAUGGAACGAGACCGACCCUCUGGUGGUGAACCCUGACAUCGAACUGCCGCAGCUCGACAUCUCCAGAAACAACACGGAGGACUGCACGCUGACGUACUCCACAGGAAACUUCACGUGCCUGGCGGUGGUCUUCAACCUGCGGCGGCGCCUCGGGUAUCACCUGUUCCACACGUACGUGCCCUCGGCCAUCACAGUGGUCAUGUCCUGGAUCUCCUUCUGGAUCAAGCCUGAAGCCAUUCCAGCUCGCGUCACACUCGGCGUCACCUCCCUGCUGACUCUGGCCACUCAAAACCAGCAGUCCCAGUCGUCCCUGCCGCCCGUGUCCUACAUCAAGGCCAUUGACGUGUGGAUGUCCUCCUGCACCGUGUUCGUCUUCGCCUCCUUGCUGCAGUUCGGGCUGGUCAACUACUUCAUGGACGCCGAGCCGCUCAGCAAGGACAUGACUGGCUACUCAGUGGAGGACCUCACUGACCUGGACGAGAAGAAGUCGGAUGAUGGGAGACUCAACGGGUACUCACACUCGCGCACCAGAGCCAGGAGUCGCAGCAGGAGUCGUAUGAGGUCCCACAGUCCCGGCGUGCCUCAGUAUGUAGUCCACCGCUGCACGGGGAAGGAUAUUGCUCUCUACAUUGACAAGUUCUCCCGUGGCUUCUUCCCCUUCGCUUUCUUCGUCCUCAACAUCUCCUACUGGACAACCUACGGCACAAUGUAAUCACGCCCUUGUCCUCCUCCUCCGAUUUGUGUUCUUGUUCUUGUCCUUCUUCGUGUUCUUUUUUUUUCCGCCUGUCUUUCAUUUUUUUUUCUUUCUCUAUGUAUAUUUCGUUAUCUUUUACUAUCAUAUUUUCUGCUGAUUAGUUCCUUGUUCGUUUCAUUUGUAUUUACGUUUUUGUUCUUUGUGUUUUCUCUCUCUCUCUCUCUCUCUCUCUCUCUCUCUCUCUCUCUCUCUCUCUCUCUCUCUCUCUCUCUCUCUCUCUCUCUCUCUCUCUCUCUCUCUUCCGUUAUCUUUUCUAUCCUGUUUUUCUGUUGAUUAGUUUCUUGUUUUUUUCUUUUCUCUUACCCUUGUUUUUUUCAUAUUUUAUUGCUGUUUCCUUUCAUGUUUUCAUUAUGUUCCUUGUGUCCCUCUCUCUCUGUUUCCUUUUUCUUUUUUUCUUAUCCUUUUCUCUUUAUUUAUUGUUUUUUUCGUCUUGUUUUGUCCGGUUCUGUUUUUUUUUCUUUAAAUCGUUGUUUAUCUCUUCUCUGGUCAUUAUUUUCCUUCUUCACCAUCGUCUCUCUCUCUCUCUCUCUCUCUCUCUCUCUCUCUCUCUCUCUCUCUCUCUCUCUCUCUCUCUCUCUCUCUCUCUCUCUCUCUCCUUUAUUUUUAUCUUAUUCCUUUAUUUCUUCUCAUUUUCUUACAUCACCUCCACUCCCAUCCUCCUCGUCCUUCUCCUCCUCCUCCUUUAAUUCGUUCUACUCCUUCAAUUCUCCUACUCAUUUGCCAACACCUUCACAGUCUUCCUCUUCCUCCUCCUCCACUACCACCACCAUCACAACCACCACCACCACCACCACCACCUUCACCACCUCCUGCUGCAGCUCAUCAAAAAAAAAAGCGCAGAGUCAGAAACAAAACUGCGCAGUAGACCCAGCGAACCUCCCCCCGCCCCCAAAGCAAGCAAGUGACCGACCCCUGAGCUGAGAGAAAACGGACUGACCUUCUGUAACACACGGACGUAAUGGAGGCUGAUGGACAGGUGAGACAGGUGUGUGUACGUACGUAGGUAGCGGUCCCGUGCUGGUGAGCCGCGUACGUCUGCUGAUCAAGGACGUGGAA